GGUGCUGGUGCCGCCCAGGCCCCUGCGAGGUCCAAGAAGCACCUCGGCGCCCAGUUCCCUCUUUGCCUCCCGCCUCCAGCCAGAGGGCCCAGCUGCCGGUGAUGCUCCAGAGCGAGGUCUUGGCCCCGGCCUCUCCUCCUCCGCCGCCAGCACCCGCCUGCCUCGAAGCGUGUGGGGGCGGCGGGAGGGGGGCCCUUGGCCGGGGACCAGCCUGCAUCAUCCAUCCCGGCUCCAGCCUGCGUUGCCAUGGCAACGGAGAGGCGGAUUCCUGAGGCUGGCUGGGGCUGCUGCAGCAGCAGGAGGAGGCGAGCGGGCCGGCGGGCCACAGAGCCACAAGCCAUGUCCCCCACCAAGGGCAGGGCGGGGGGUUCCCAGCAGCCCCUCGGCUUCAUGGCCCACGAGGCGGAGUGCCAGAUCUGCUACGAGCCCUUCGACGCCCACAGCCGCCGGCCCAAGCUGCUCAGCUGCCAGCACCACGUCUGCGCCAGGUGCCUCUGCAGGAUGGUGGACGCCGCGGGCGAGGAGUCCUCCGGCCACCUCAGCUGCCCCUUCUGCCGCCAGGAGACGGCGGUGCCAGGCAAGGGCGGCGUGGGCCAGCUGCCGGACGACGGGCGCCUGCUGGCCCUGCUGAGCUGCCAGGAGCGGAGCUGGAGGCCAGGCGGAGGAGGGGCUGCCCCUCCGUCCCCCGAGGUCUUCCUCUGCCCCAGCAUCCUGGAGCCCUUUGGGGAGGGCCUGCACAGCUCCUCCUCCGACUGCCUGGUCAUCACCCUCCUGGAGGUGCCUGAGGACCUGGGCCCCCCGCACAGCCUGGGCCUCUGGGACGUGCUGAGGCUCCAGCGCCCCCCCAGCCUGGCCUCCCUGCCCUGCCACGGCCCCCUGGCCCCAUGCCCGCCCUGCAGCAGGUGGCAGGCCGUCCCGCGCUUCCUGCUGGGCGUGCUCUGCCUGGUCUACUUGAGCUCCCUGCCCUUCGGCAUCUACCUCCUCCUGGUGGAGCACCUCAACCUGGGCAUCAUCCUGGUGAGCCUGGUGCCCUCCACCCUCAUCAGCUGCCUCUGCUACAGCCUCUGCCAGUGUCUGUGCCACGAACUCUUUGACUUCCCUUCUUGAGCCGGGGGGGGGCACAGCUGCGGGGGGUCCUGCCUGGCGCCUCCUGCGAGCGGGGAAAGAGGCCCCCGAGCAGCGAUGGCCCCCGUGGCCCCCACCUUGGCAGCUCUGACCGUGCCUCCUGGGAGUGGCUGGGAGUGGCGUGCCUUUCUGCAGCCGAGCCACAGAGCAGGCUGCACAGCUCUCUGCAUUUGCAGCAUUUCGGCAGAGAAUGGGACAGCUCGUUCCCUGUGUGGACGAGGGAUCCAGGGCAUGAGGAGGAGGCGGUGGCGGUGGCGGCGGCUGCACUUCCGUGAGCAGGGAGAGCGGGAAACGGAUGCAUGGCAAACGACACAUUUCCUUGCACUUGAACGAGAGCAUCACUUCCCAACGCAGUGCUCCGAGAUUCAUUCAUUUCACACCAUCUCACUCCACAAGUAACCAAAUCCCGUGCACACCCAGUCAGGUGUUCUCAUGCAGGGCAGCCAAGCCACAUCAAUCCAGCCAGCAACCUGAACAAGGACUAGACUGGUCCAUGGAGGAAGAGAUGUCUGCUGGUGUCUCUGAGCCAGAAUAGCCACAUUGAGCUUCCAUGCACAGAGGCAGCCUACCUCGGAAUACCAGGUGCUGGGGACAAACAGCAGAAGCAGCCUGUUCUGGCUCAGGCCCUGCCUGUCAGCAGCCAGCUGCAGUUGGGAACAGAAUGCUGGGCCCAUUGUUGGCCCCACGCGGCAGCCAGACCCAUCUUCUCUUCUGUGCCCCUUGUGGGGAAAUAAACCCCGUCCCUGCUGA